UCACGUUGCUCGUCGCUCUCCCGUCUUCCUCCUCCAGCUGCAGCAUCCGUGGCUCCCCGCAAAGGACAGCGGGUGUUUGUAGGACACUGGGCCCGCGGAGAGAGGGGUCCUGGCCUGGGCACGGAUCCCGAAGAGGCCCCGGGGCCGCCGCUGGAUGGAGUCGGGCUGCAUUCACACAGCAAUGGCUAUGGGUCUGACAUCGAAAAAGGCGUCUGCUCGGAGCGUCGGUUUGGAGCGGAAAAACCUCAUCACUGUUUGCAGAUUCUCUGUAAAGACUCUCCUAGAGAAGUACACAGCGGAGCCCAUAGACGACUCUUCCGAGGAGUUUAUUAACUUUGCCGCCAUUUUAGAGCACAUCCUCAGCCACCGCUUCAAAGGUAACACUGCAGGUUCAGGAAGCUGGUUCAGCUCAGAUGGACAGCGAAGUUUCUGGGAGUAUAUCCGGCUGGCGUGCGGCAAGGUGCAGAACAACUGCAUCGCCAGCAUCGAAAACAUAGAGAACAUCAGCACAUCACGAGCUAAGGGGCGGGCAUGGAUUCGGGUGGCGCUGAUGGAGAAACGUCUGUCUGAAUAUGUGUCCACUGCUCUGAGGGACACAAGAACAACCAGGAGGUUUUAUGAUGAUGGAGCCAUUAUGCUGAGAGAAGAGGCGCAGGUCCUGACUGGCAUGCUGAUUGGACUGAGUGCCAUUGACUUCAGUUUUUGCUUAAAGGGGGAGACUCUGGAUGGGAAAUCCUCAGCUGUUAUCGACUACACACCUUACCUGAAGUUCACUCAGAGCUACGACUACCUGAGUGAUGAGGACGACCGUCACAGUGUGGACAGCAGCAACAGUGAGGAGAGCGUCCCCGAGCAUCCCUACAUCCCUCUGGUGACCGACGAGGAGAGCUGGAGCAACAAGUGCCGCAAGAUGGAGCAGAGGUUUAAAAUCGUCUAUGCCCAGAAGGGUUACCUGGAGGAGCUGGUGCGCCUGCGGGAGUCUCAGCUGAAGAAUGUGGAGACGGAGAACAAGCACCUGAGAGCCAACGUGGAGGAGCUGACGGGGCAGAGCCAGCAGGAGAAGAAGGAGCUGGAGGCGGUUGUGCUGGAGCUGCAGGCACAACUCACUGCCCUCAUGCCCUGUGAUACCUCCCAUCUGGCUAAAGAUCUUUCCAUCCCGCUGGUCAACCAGUGGUCCACAAUCCCAAACAACCAUGGUGAUGUCAAGCUUUUCCGCAGGAGGAGUUUCCACAGUUUGGAGCUGCUUUCUGCUGAAAUGAGUCUGAACUCUGACUCUCAGAGGAAUGAUGGGAGACAGAAUGGAGAUGCUGCUUGGACUUCAGCAGGGAAAGACAACACUCCCUCCAUGCUGGGUUUGUGUGGCUCUCUGGCCUCUUUACCGAGCUCCAAGUCCCUGGCCAGCCUCAAGUCCAGCGAGUGUUUGGUGAACAUCAGCACAGAGCCCAGCCCCGCACUCACUCCCAGCUAGGAGGUGCAGUCCAUCGACCACAGAGAUACAACCCCUAGCCUGUCUGCCUGGUGAUGCUGCGAUGACCAUAAACCCGACCAAAAUCCUUCUCCAACCCAUAAUGCACCAAGACCAUCAAUAGCUCCAUGGGAAAGUCAUGACACCAUCUUUGGAUUUUUGUACACAUGAGUGUAAAAUCACCAUGAAGCUAAAAGGAUCCAUCUCUUUUGGUUCUUUCCCUUCACCUCGCCUUAUCCGCUCAACUCCUGUCUCACACUCUCGCAAAACCACUAUCUGUAAAUCCCGAUCAUGCAAUUUCUCUGCAAAAUCCUUUCAGACCUUUUUCCAAAGCUUCAAUUAAUUUCCUUUAAAUGUAUUCCAAUGUUGCUCCUUAUUUCAAUAUCCGUUUUCUUCCUUUGUGGCAUUGUCUGUGUGUUUGUGCGCCUCAAUCUGUCAACAAUGUAACCAAAACAGCACUUGAAGCUCUUUGGAUGCAGCCACUUGCAAAUAGAGAAGUGAGGAUAAUUUUAAGAAAUACAGAUUAUCUAUAUAUAUCUGUCCUCACAGAGACAUAGCACUGAGAAGUAUGUUUUAAAGUUUGUGACUGAAUGGUAUCUGGGGUCAGCCGUCCCUGGACGUGCAUAUCAUUCCUGCUUAAGUAAUAAACACUCUUUCAAUCUGUGCACCUCUUUAUUUAAUCAUAGCCUACCACAUAUAUUAAUUUAUCUGAUUUUAUUUUAAAGUGCAGUAUUUUCCUUUUACUCAUCCAAGGGUAAUUUUCAGUUUUGUUUGUGUUGCAAUAAACAACCUUUUUCCAUUA